CGUUAAAACAGGUGCCCAACUCGGAGGGACCUUCCGAGACCCAAUUUGGCCGGGUGCCUCGCGCUCGGAAGGUGGAACGAUUCUCAUCCGUGGGCCAGCCAUUUUAACUUAUUCAUAUGCCUUAUAUGCAUGAGAGCACAUAGGCGACAAUAAAUUGUUCCUUGUACUGCCUUCGCCAAAUAUACUUUGACUUUCACUCUUGCUCCGCAACCUCCCCUGUAACUAGGCGCGUUGUCACAACAUCAGACUCGUUAUUCUGGUGUCUGAUUUUUGGCCAUUCUCGAUAUAUAAAUGGAGAAAAAGGAAAAAUAUUCCGGUGCAUUGUAUUUGUUGAUCGAGAGGGUAGAAGGUCUGUGUCUCCGAAAAGUUACCGGGUAUGUGCUCUGUAUAUAGAUUUGGCUGGCACAGAGACCAGGCUCGUAGGUGUUAUAUUGUUCGUAGAUAGCUAAUUGGAGCUUGAGAGCUCCUGGAGGUCUGUAUAAUGGUGGAACUGGGACCGUGGGAGUUACAUUAGAAUAUCACAGAAACAACACCCAGUAUCACCGAACCCGCCAGGGCGGCAGCGAAUUGGAAGCCGCGCUGGCCUCUCGCUUAACUAUGUCCAAAGUGCGCAUUUAUCGACCCCCUUACUUCCCAGCCGCGAACGCCUCUCAGCUUGACAUGACGCGAAGGGGAAUGCGACGAGGGGAUUGCUCCUAUAGGGGAGGUGACCGUCCAUUGGGAUGGGUUGAUCCUCUGUUGGGAUGGGGCUUAGGUCACACGUCACCCGGUGGCCGUGGUAUUGGUACGGGUGGGAAGGGGUCGGGCCCUUUCCAUCCCCCUUCGUGGUGGUGGCGGAAUGCUUGGGAUACGCUCUGCGUGACAGGUGGGAGGCAGUCUGCGGGCGCUGUGUGGCGUUUCGUGUCUUUAUUUUAUUGCUUUGGGGAGAGAGAGGACGGCGAGGUGCUGAGGCGGAGUUGGGAUGGAGGCAGGGCAGUCGGCGUGAUGGUGGUCCGACUGAGACUGAUGGAUGGAUGGACCGAGUCGGGUCGAUGAGAAGGAUCGGACGUCCUCUGCACAGCAGUGGGGGCUGUAUUGGUGGUUGUCACGAGGCGGCGCGUCCUAGCGCUGCGACAGUGGCGUUUAGGGUGCGUAGGAUGUUCUGGAUGAGACUCUAUGGAUCUGCCGAGAGGCGAAGAGCUCGACGCUAGCAGGUUGAAGAUUGUUUCCUGGUUGCGAUGCUGCAGUGCGGUUGGAGAGCUACAGGUGCUUUUGCUUUCUUCCGGUGUCUGUAUUCCCAGGCGGGGGAUGGUGCAGUGCACGGCGCAUAUGUCACGGCGGGUCGCCAAGAUAGGUGCUAUGUGACGUGUCUCUGACAGUGGGAGGAUGGGAGGGGACGUUAUUGGAUCUGAUUGAUGGGAAGAGUGGUAGAUUGGACGAGGUGAGGAAGUUUGUGUGUGAGUGUAUUUUAUGAUCGGACUGAAGUCGCUACUUGUAGCCAAUGACGGCCUUGGGUUUUGCUGCCAGGUUUCAUGGGAUGAGAUGAAGUGAGGCCUAGCUGGAUAUCUCACCGUCUUUCGGAGCUGGAACUAUGGUAUAUUGCCUGCUGUCGGAUAAGACAAAAGGUGACAAUUGGUUUGCCCCUUCACUCGUUGGAGUCUCCCCCAAGGUCCGUCGUUUUCAGCUGAAUAUAUAAAGGGCGCCAUGUCGGGGCUUUUUACAUCAGAACCAAUCCUAUAGUGUUCUAUUUGUUUAUCGAGCUGAAUUAAUAUCCUUACUUCCAUACAUUUCAACAUGCUGUCUACGGUCCAGGAGAUCAUAGGCCUCACGGCGGCCCAACUCUAUAUCGUUAUCCUUGUUUUUAUAACCGUUUGUUAUGCUGUUAGCUGCCUAAUCUCAUAUUUCCGUCCGCACCUGCGUCAACUCCCCGGCCCGCUCUUGGCCCGCUUCACAUGCCUGUACAAGGUGUAUAUAAGCUUGAAGGGGGACUCGCAUAUCGAGUACCAGAAACUCCACAGAAAGUAUGGACCUAUCAUCCGAACUGGACCCAAUUCUGUCUCCAUCGGAGAUGCGGCGAUGAUCCCAGAGGUCUACCUUCAAGGGAGUUUGUAUCAGAAGUCAAGUUAUAUUACUGGCUUCACGUUCACAAUCGAUGGACAGUCGAUGGAGAACAUAUUUACAAGCCGUGAUGCCGCCCAACACAAGAUUAUGAGGUCGUCAGUCGCAUCCAAAUACUCGUUGUCGUCCAUGCUUCAGCUAGAGCCGCUGUUUGAUAAAUGUAUUCCACUUUUUGUUGUCUACAUGGACAAACGCGCAGGGACUGCAGUUGACUUUGGAGAAUGGUUGAGUUGGUUUUCGUUUGACUUGACUGGUCUCCUUUCAUUCCAAGAGAUGUUCGGUUUCAUGGACCAAGCUCGGGAUAUCAACGGCGCGAUCGGGGCGGGAUGGGCUACCAUAACCUAUGGAGCUGUAGUUGGCCAGUUCCCCGCAGCCCAUAAAUAUCUAUUUGGCAAUCCAACCCUCGUCAGAAUUAUCGAUAGUAUCUGGGAGAAGAAUCCGAUUAACAUGAUUCAACAGACUGCAUAUGCUGCAAUGAAGAAGUACGACCUUGAAAAGCCGACGAACAUGCGCGGCGACCUCCUUGAAUACUUACGUCAGAAGCAACUCAAGGACAGCACGAUCAUGGACGAAAGAGAAAUUAUGAACAAUAUUCUCAUCUUCUUUAUCGGGGCUGUUGAUGCCAAUUCCACCGCCCUCCGCGCCAUCUUCUACUACCUUGUCAAGAACCCGUGCACUUACGCAGCGCUCGUAAAGGAGCUGCAGGAUGCGGAUGCGAAGGGCCUCCUAUCUGACGUCUUGUCAUUUCAAGAAGGGCAGAAACUCCCUUACCUACAAGCCUGUAUUAAAGAAGCGAUGCGGAUGCACCCCACUGUCGGGAGCCCAUUUGAUCGAGUCGUGCCUAAGGGCGGCGCCGUUCUUAACGGCCAGUUCAUUCCUGAAGGCACGGAUAUUGGAAUUACCGGCUGGGUUACACAGCGCGAUAAGACCGUGUUUGGAGAGGACGCCGACUUCUUUCGCCCAGAGCGAUGGAUUGAGGUCGAUGAGAUGCAGGUGAGAAGAAUGGACAAGAACAUGCUUGCCUUCGGGUUGGGAAACAGAAGUUGCAUAGGUAAACAUGUUGCGAUGAUGGCUCUCACGAAGACGGUCGGACAGAUUGUGCGCAAAUUCGACAUGGAAUGGGCUUCGGAGAAAGAUGAGUGGGAUACGACGUGCCGGAUGCAGGUGCGACAGACGGGAGUGGUUAUGCGGUUGACGCGAAGGGAAGUUGAGAAGGAGGGAUAAAUGGAAUGUAGCAAUAUGGAAUCGUCAUCUAUUCACAAUCGUAUGUUUACUUGUUCUU